UUUGGAUCCUUUACCCUUGGCUGAACCGUCUUUCUCCCUUCUUUAAAUGCAACUGUGAGUCAUUUCAGAUCCGCCAUUCCUGUACAAAGCUCGGAAGCGGAGCUUUCAUGGCAUUCUGAGAAUCAGAGCUUGGGGGUAUAGAUCGUGUUAGCCGAUCGAUGUAUCGUCGUUACAGUAACAUCUAGAUCCAACUUGUUUUAAUUUACAGACGUUCUGAUAUUUUUUCGGUCGUUUCUACUCUGUUAUCCGGUAAAGUUAUGAAGGUUUCAUCUGCUUUUGCCAUCAUCUACUGGGGUUUCUGGUUCUUCACAUAUUUCGAUGAAGUUUUGUUCUUGAUCGGUGCUUUUAAGCUCCAUCUGGAGAAGAUAUAGCUCGAUCUGGACCGGUUCGGUCGUUCAGAUUUAGUUCUGUGGCUUAAUAGUGGGAUCAAGAUCUGUUUCAGCCCUUCAGGUUCUAUCAUCUCGCCUUACCAUCUAUGCAGUAAUAGACGAGAUUUGCUACAGAGCUAUCAGAAGCUAAGUGCACGGAAGGUGACCUAGCUUGUGAAAGAAAACAUAAUCUAGUCGUCUGACAUUUGUUAUACUUCGAUAUGGAGACGCUUGUUGUUGUGGCUCAACAUCGGAAUCAAUAUUACAGCAGAAGUAAGCAUGGUCUCCCUGGUAGAUUCGUUUCUUCUCCGUCUAGAGGGUUCAGGGAAAUCAAUUGCAGAACUUUUCAAUCUGGGGCAGGUAUCUCGCCAAACCUUUUGAAGUCCUACAAUGGCUCUUCUGCAAUUAGAAGGACUAGUUCUUCCCCUCCAACGCCUCCAUCCCUUGGUCCCCGUUUUGAAGAGGAGAAACAAUUGAAGAGUAGAGGAAAAAGCAGCGCAAUUCCUAUAAAUCUCAAUGCUUCCAACAAAGAUACGCCUUUCAAUGAUGGCCUUUCCUACUCUGAGCUCUGGGCUGGACCUGCGUAUUCAAACUCACCUCCCCCGAGUUCUUUGCCAAUCCCUAAAUUUAGCCUUCGACAGAAGCGAAGUGUGUCCCUUGAUCUACCUUCCUCAGGUUCGAGGAUUCCCAUGCACCCCAUUGCUAAAUCAGCUCCGCCUUCACCCACAAGGGAGCCGUAUCCCCCUCGAAGGGAUUUCUUUCUCAACACUGACUUUGCAGCUAACCCCUCUCCAAGAGAUUUCUUUCUCAAUAUUGACUCUGCAACCAAAGAUCUGCGUCGUAUGCUCCAUCUUGAUGUUGAUGAUGAACGAGAACGUGGAGGCCCCUCAGUUCUGUAAAUAAGUCUCCUGUUCAACCUGGACUAUGGGUAGCUUGUAUAUAAGUAGUGAGUAAUUUGGUCCGUAGUCUUAGCUUUCGCAUCCUUGUAGCUUUCUUUAUGGGUGGUACAAAGGGAACAGCGAUGAUUGACGUCAUACAGCAACAUUCAGACUCUACCGGAAGCAUUCGAGCUCCUUAUAUGGACUUGGGUUUCAAUUAUGAACAGUAAGAAAUUCAUAACAUGGGUUUUCUGACGGAUGGCUGCUACUUGGGUUCCGGGAAGGAUAAGAGAGUUGAUGCUUAAGAAUGUCUGCUCUUUGAUAUGCUCACUGAAUCAUUGUCCUUCUCCUUCAGUGUUACUCUUGCUUCUCGAUGGUGAAUGAUGGAAACUACCUUUUGAGUGGUCAGCAAAGCUAUGAUAUGGUCAUAGAGAUUAAACUUUCUCUCAGAACCAUGUGUUUUAACAAGUUUCUCUGUUGAGUUAGUUACCCUUUCUUCCAGAAUCAUGGGUUUUCAUAAGGUUUCUUUCUUCUGUUAGGUUAGGCAUCUCUAGUUUCAUAUUGCCUGUAAAUAGCUAAAUUCUUUAGGGUCUUUGCUUCUGGUUAGCUUAAUCAGUCAGGUUCUAUAUCAUGCUUCUAUCUCCGUGGCGUCUCUAUUCCCCAUAAUUCCUGAACCCUGUACUCCUUCAAUUCUGCUUAAUCCAUUUCUCUUAUGAUACCUUUCUGAUGCGUUCUGCGUAAUCUCCUCCUUUUACUUAUUAGUCCCAUGUUGCCUGAAGUGGAUGGUUAGUUGGUAGGCUCUGUUUUCUGUUGAUUUCUUUUCCUAAACUUAUAUCCGACAGUUCUUCAGUUGGCCUAUUUACUGGCUGAUCUGAUUAGACGUAAACUUGCACUGUUUUCUGUUUGGUCUCUUACUCUUUACUUUGCCCAACUUUGCCUGAAUUGGCUGGGUAGAUGGUGGCUGGUAGGUUCGUACUGCUUAGAUGCUACAGUUGUCUUCUUUUCAUCUUUACCCCAUUCCUCAUCCUUUCAAUCUCUGUUUCCUUUCUGAACUCCAAAAGGGUGUUCGUUUUCCCUGUUCCUCCUUUUCAGGUUUUUUUUGAUGGAAAAGGUAGGAAGGGGAAUGGAAAGGAAUACAGUUUAUUACUUCUUUUAUCCACCUCUUCUUCAUUCAGCGUGUAGGGUUCUCUGUAUCCUGUUGUGCCGUUCUUCUGUAAGCCAUCUUAGGUGUUUAUUUCUGUUAGUAGUUUCUGCUAGUGACACCGAUUCUCUCUUAAUACUUUACUUGAAAGGCAUGUCAGUCUGGAGAUAACCAUGUGAUCGUGUAACGCCAUAUACAAGGGUGGACCCCCAGGGUGCCGAUGGAAGAAUAGUCUUUACCUUGACACAGUUUGGCGGAGAUGGUCUUUGCGAGAGAGAGAGAGAGAGAGAGGUAAAAGCAGUUUUGCCCAAGCGCGGCGUUUAUUCUCAAGUAAUAAGAAUGUAGUGUAUGUACUCCUUUUGAGAUGGCGGGGUAUGCUGAUUGUGGAGAAUCAGAUAAUGUUAGUUGUUAAUAUUAGGGUUGCUAUUAGUAUUAUUAGUAUUGGAGUAUCAGUUUGUUUACUUUUCAUGCACAACUGCUUUUAAUUAAUUAUGUUUUAUAGUAUGUUUAUCUGUCAUUUCUGUCCGUCGAGGCCGGCCGGCGGCCACUUGUUGCCAUUUCUUGGGCGACAGCCAGGUUAUUGAUGUUACUCAUCAUUUCUACUGAUAAAUAAAAAUGGGAUUUUACUUCUCAUUUCGCA